AUGGACUAUGGGAGGAAAUUAAAAAACAUUAUAAACAAAUCCACCAACUCCUCCUUCACAACAACACAAGUUGAGGGCAGGUACAAAACUAUUUUGGCCGCCUACAGGAAACAUAAAGACAACAUGAAGAAGACGGGGGCUGCCAGAAAAGACUUUCAAUUUAGAACAGAAAUGGAUGAAAUAAUGGGUGACUCUCAUUCAACUACCCCAAAGUUUGUUUUUGGAAGUGCAGAAUUGGCUGGUCCCAGUACUAGUGCAGAAUUGGCUGGUCCCAGUACUAGAGCAGAAUUGGCUGGUCCCAGUACUAGAGCAGAAUUGGCUGGUCCCAGUACUAGUGCAGAAUUGGCUGGUCCCAGUACUAGUGCAGAAUUGGCUGGUCCCAGUACUAGUGCAGAAUUGGCUGGUCCCAGUACUAGUGCAGAAUUGGCUGGUCCCAGUACUAGUGCAGAAUUGGCUGGUCCCAGUACUAGUGCAGAAUUGGCUGGUCCCAGUACUAGUGCAGAAUUGGCUGGUCCCAGUACUAGUGCAGAAUUGGCUGGUCCCAGUACUAGUGCAGAAUUGGCUGGUCCCAGUACUAGUGCAGAAUUGGCUGGUCCCAGUACUAGUGCAGAAUUGACUGGUCCCAGUACUUGUGCAGAAUUGGCUGGUCCCAGUACUAGUGCAGAAUUGGCUGAAUUGACUGGUCCCAGUACUAGUGCAGAAUUGACUGGUCCCAGUACUAGCGCAGAAUUGGCUGGUACCAGUACUAGUGCAGUAUUGGCUGGUCCCAGUACUAGUGCAGAAUUGACUGGUUCCAGUACUAGUGCAGAAUUGGCUGGUCCCAGGACUAGUGCAGUAUUGACUGGGCCCAGUACUAGUGCAGAAUUGGCUGGGCCCCGUACUAGUGCAGAAUUGGCUGGUCCCAGGACUAGUGCAGAAUUGGCUGGUCCCAGUACUAAUGCAGAAUUGGCUGGUCCCAGUACUAGUGCAGUAUUUACUGGUCCCAGUACUAGUGCAGAAUUGGCUGGUCCCAGUACUAGUGCAGUAUUGACUGGUCCCAGUACUAGUGCAGAAUUGGCUGGUCCCAGAAACAUCUCAUCGGACAGCGAUGGCCAUGACUAA